GCUUCGGAACACUGCUCCCUUCACCUCUCAACCGUUUCUCCCCCGAAUUCCAACCUGCCAUCCCAAAACCCUAAACCCCACAAUCCGCGACCGCGAUGCUCCGCCAUCGCCGCCGAGCGCCGCUCCUCCUCGCCGCCGCCGCGGCGGGCACCGCCCUGGCAGCCGCCUCGGUCGCCUCCCCCUCCGGCGACGGCCGCAGCGUUGCCUCCGCGCUCCACCACGGCGUCGCCCGCUCCUCCCGCGCCGUCUAUACGAUUGGAUUUGUGGUGGCGGAUUACAAGUACUCGCUAAGGGGACUAGCUCCUGGGUCAGCGGAGUACCGGGUUAAGCUCUCCGAGGUUCAUCUGCGUUCAGCAAAAAAGCUACUUACACUAUGUGAAGUGAAUGGAGGGUUUUAUGUAAAAGCUGGUCAAUAUGCUUCAUCACUAAGACAAGUACCAAAGGAGUACUCAUCAGCUCUCUCCUGCCUGCAAGAUCAGGCAACACCAUCCAUGUUUCAAGAUAUUAAAGUAGUCAUAGAGCAGAAUUUUGGCAAGGGAUUACAUGACAUAUUCCUGGAAUUUGACGAACAUCCGAUUGCUGCUGCAUCAAUUGCUCAGGUUCAUCAAGGUCGGUUGCAUAAUAAUCAAGAGGUAGCUGUCAAGGUUCAGUAUCCUGGAUUGGAGCAGCGAAUGAAGAUAGACAUCAUGACUAUGUCUUUCUUGUCAAAAUCGAUCUCUUGGAUCUUUCCUGAUUAUAGAUUUGACAGAAUACUAGUUGAAUUUGAGAGAUCCAUGUCAGUGGAACUUGAUUUUACCCUAGAGGCUAAGAAUUCUGAGAGAACAGCCAGCUGCUUCAGGAAAAAUAGUCUUGUUAAAGUGCCUUAUGUGUUCUGGGAACUGACAACCAGGGAGGUUUUGACUAUGGAGUUUUGUUAUGGACACAAGGUUAAUGACUUGGACUUCCUAAGGAGAGCAGAUAUUAGUCCUACAAAGGUAGCUAAGGCUUUGAUUGAACUGUUUGGUGAAAUGAUAUUUGUACACGGUUUUGUUCACGGUGAUCCACAUCCUGGAAAUAUAUUAGUUUCUCCUCAAGGCCAUGGAAAAUUUUCACUAGUUCUGUUGGAUCAUGGUAUUUAUAGAGAAUUGGACCAAAAGUUCAGAUUGGACUAUUGUCAGCUGUGGAAAGCAUUGAUACUGUUGGAUGCGAAAAAAAUUCUGGAGUUAGGUGAACAGUUUGGUGUUGGCAAAUAUGCAAAGUACUUUCCUGUAAUAUUCACAGGGAGAACUAUCGAAAGUAGAUCAGCUCUUGGCACACAAAUGUCUGGUGAAGAGCAAAGGCGUUUAAAGGAGGACUUGAGCUCUCUGGGAAUGGAUGAUAUAUCUUCAUUUAUGGAAUCCUUGCCACCGGACUUUUAUGUCAUACUUCGAACAGAUGGACUAUUGAGGUCCAUUUUGGGGAAUCUUGGGGCGCCACGCCAUGUUCGACUUCUCACUUAUGCAAAAUGUGCUAUACACGGCCUUGAGAAACAGCCCAAAAUGGAGUCUGGUACAAUCAACCAUAUGUUCUUGCAAGCCAAAACAAAUAUUAGCUAUCUCCACCUGAGGCUACUUCUCGAAGUAGCGGGACUCUUAGCGAAAGUAAAUGAUGUCAGGCAUCAGGUUAUGAAUAAACUCAGACGGAUGCUCCAGGAGAUUGGUGGAAAUUUUGUUUUCCUUAAGUAACACCCUGAAGUUGGGCACGCAUGAUGAAGGUUUCAAGAAAGGUUCAGCGUUGUGCUAUAUAAUCAAUUUGGACCGUGAAUCGAACUACGUAAUACAAAUCAUACAUGUCUGUUAUAACUAUUUACCUGUGUGCCAAUACGGUCGCAGGUACUGGCUGGACAUUUCACUCCAUAAAAGUGAAAGGCAGCAAGGAAUCAAAUGUUCUUUGUGUGAUUCACAAACA